AUGGCGGCUAAUCCUGUGUGCCACCCGGGGGUGGGCGGGGGCUCAGGCAAGGCGAUCCGCAUCGCUUGCCUUUGUCUGAGCCCUGCCCGCCCACCAGGAGCCAGCCAGCCAAGGGCCAGGAAGGUGGGACGUGACCCAGGAGCGCUGGAGCCACCUGGGUUCUCCCUGCCACCCGCACUUCAUGAAUCACAAGUUUCUGUGGAGGCGGUGGCUGCGGGAUGCAGAGCGGGCCGAGUGCAGCUUGGGCUCGAUGGAGGGCAUUGGCAUGGAGGAGAUUUCCCCGGCGGCUGGGGGAGCCGCCGCCUGCCGCACCACCACCCACCCCAGCUGAGUGGCCCCAAGAAAGGAGCUGAAAAAGUAUGGCUGAGGAGGAGGCGCCUAAGAAGUCCCUGGAUGCCAGUGGCGGGAGCUGGGAACUUUGUGCCGAGAAGCUCCUGGUGGGGCUGGUGGCAGAGGGGACCUGGGACUCUGGCCACCGCCACCACAGCCCCCCAGCUGGCUCCAGGCUCUUGGCACGCUGGCUACUGCUGCUGCUUUGGCUGCUGGAAGCUCCGCUGCUGCUUGGGGUCCAGGUGCAGGUGGCGGGGCAGGGGCCCCGGCCAGGUCAGCAGCCCCCGCUGCCACCGCCUCAGCAGCAACAGAGUGGGCAGCAAAUACAACGGCGAGCGGGGCAUCUCCAUCCGGGACCACGGGGGUGGGCGGGGGCUCAGGCGAGGUGAUCCGCAUCGCUUGCCUUCACCUGAGCCCCUGCCCAACCGCCAGGGAUAUGGGGCCCUCCGAGCCGAUUCCAGUGCGACCCUUGGGGCUCACCGCGUGGGGCGGAGUCUGAGCCGUGUUGUUUUUGUUGGAAACGCCCUCCUCUUCCUCUUGCUUUCCCCGCCCCUCCUCACUCCUUCCUCUGGAGAAAGUGAGACCCCCGGGCCUGACUGUGCUGGUGCGAAGCGGUUAGCGGUGAGUAGCACAGGGCGGACGGCCCCUCGAGGAAGAGUCUGGGGCGGGGGUUCGGAGAGGAAGGCUGCCUGCUGGAGAGCCCCUGGGGCCCGGGAGGAACGCGCUCCGGAGAGUUGGCUUCGCGCCCGGCCGCCUUGUCCCCGUUGGGCGGCUCCUGCGGGAGUGCAGGCCGCCCUGCGACAGGCUCCGCCUGCACUCGGGGGCAUCCCCUCUGCGCAGCCCUCUAUGAAGUCUGACCAGGUUUCCAAAAGAGUUAUGAUCACUUCUUUACACCCGGGGGCAGAGGGUCUUGUUAUCCGAUCCAUCACUGCGGCCCCACACCGUGUGCGGCCCUGGCGCGGGGCUCAGGAGGCGCAAUCAGCAAAACGGGACUGGGGAUUGGCGAAUGGGCGCAAGGCAGACCUCCUGGUCCUUCCCCUCAGCCAGCAGGCUCCUAUCAAUAUUCAGUUUCUACUGAAAGGAAUGUGGCGCCUCCACUGUGCAGCUUCCCAGGACUUGGACUCGCAGGCUCCGGAGUGGAGACUUCAACAAGGACUUCAGAGCCUGCUCAGGGAAAUAAUCGCCACCUCCCUACUCCGUAGCUGCUUCUGUGUCUGCAAGAAACUGCGCAUGCUCCUCCCUUAUCAUGUUAUCUGCGAAUAA